AUCUUUAAGACUUGAUAAUUUCAACACUGCCACACUGUGUAGCCUUCACAAAAUCUGUCAAUGGUUAUGAUGAAAAAUUUUAGGAAUAAAUAAAAAACAUAUAAAAUGAGUAAUAUUCAUGUAAAUUAUAUAGCAGUCGUAUUAUUUGGCAUACUAAGUGUAUGUUCAGCAAGAAAACACAAUUUGGAAAUUACGAAUGAUGCUCGUAGAUAUAUUCCUUUGAGCAAUUUUGGAUUUUAUAAAGGUGGAUAUUUAGAAGUAGAGUUGUCAAAUUUCACAGUUAAUCCUGAAAAUAUAUCAGGUCCUUUUGGUUUUAGUCUUGAUAAAACGAUUAAUGAUGGUGUAAAUCCUUAUCUUAAUGGUCAUGAAGAUCACUGUCUUUUAGAGCGUAUUUCAGAAAAACCUCAAACGGUUGAAAUAAUUUUUUUAAUCCUGAAUUUUCAGACAAAAGAGCUUGUAAUUACCUGUAAUGGAAAACAAAAUCAUGUACAUAUUUUUAAACAACGGGAGGAAAAUGAUAAGGAAAAUGAAAAUUCUGAUUGUAAAGACUUGAAAUUUAAAUUGACUUCAACAGAAUAUAAAGGAAGAACUUAUUAUAAUACAUCAUUUGUAAUGGCAGUCAGAAGUUUAGAAGAAGAAGGUCUAUACACAUUAAUAUUCCAUAAUUGUCCUGUUUACAAAAACAUAGAAUCUCGUGUUGACUUCAAUAUAAAAAUAGUUGAGCAAAAUCCAAGUAGCUACUUAUCAGCAGGAGAUAUGCCCUUACCAGCGCUGUACUGCAUGAUGUCCAUUCUGUUUCUGCUUUCUGGAAUGUUCUGGGUAUUUUUGUUGAAACAAUCCAGACAUCCCGUCUUUAAAAUUCAUUAUAUGAUGGCUGUACUGGUAUUUCUGAAAGCUGUAUCAUUGGCUUUCCAUGGAGUUAAUUAUCAUUACAUUGAACGACUUGGUGUGCAUCUAGCUACGUGGGCAAUUCUUUUCUAUAUUGCACAUUUACUAAAAGGUGCUCUUUUAUUUGUUGUAAUAGUACUUGUUGGUACCGGUUGGACUUUUGUUAAACAUGUUCUUACACCUAGAGAUAAAAAACUGUUUAUGGUUGUAAUACCUCUUCAAGUACUGGCGAACGUUGCUGACAUUAUAUUAGAAGAAAGCGAAGAAAGUGCUAGAGAAUAUGUUGCAUGGAAAAAUUUUGUGAUUCUAGUGGAUUUAUUGUGCUGCGGUUGUAUUUUAUUCCCAGUUGUGUGGUCCAUUAGACAUUUGCAGGAAGCUUCACAAACCGAUGGAAAAAUCGCAAUGAAUCUUCGAAAAUUGAAAUUAUUCCGUCACUUCUAUGUCAUGGUGGUUUGUUACAUCUAUACAACAAGAAUAAUUGUUUAUUUAUUGAAAAUGACAGUGCCCUUCCAAUACGGUUGGUUACAUGAAAUGUUCAAAGAGAUGGCUACUUACGUAUUCUUCGUAUUAACUGCUUACAAAUUCAGACCAGCUUCGCAGAAUCCUUAUUUCGCUUUAACUGAAGAUGAUGAUGAUGAAAUAGAAAUACUCACCACAACAGGAGUCACCGAAGGACUUUCUAAUAUAAAUUCCAGAACUACGAAAACAGCUUUACACCAACACACCUUAACGGAAGUAACCGAAGAAGAAAAAGACGUUUUAUUGGGUCAAAAAGAAAGCAGCCACGAAUACGACUGAGUAUAUUAUUUAAGUUCAAAACGAUUGUCUACUGUGAUAUGUAGUAGUACUGGUUAAUUUAAAAAUGGCGUUCUAAAACAUCAGGUGACAUGUGUUUAAUCCAUAAGUUGAUAUAAUCAUCAUCUCGAUAUUUUCAAGUAGAUCUAAGCAUCCACAUUUGUGUUUUUUUAAUAAAGUUCUGUAAAAUUAAAUUAUUUGAAAAAUGUCUCUCCUAUAAUUUCCACAGCAUUUCUCCAUUAUAAAAAAAAUUGCUGUUAUUAUCAUCAGGAUUAAAAUCAUGGGAUCAGUGAAGUUUUCGCAACUCCCCAAAACAUUUA